AUGCGUCUCCUAACGCUUCUGUCGCUCCUUCUAUGGAGUAUUUCGGGUCAACUUGUUCAUGCAACGAACAACAAUCUCACAACUGAGGUAACAUGGGAUGAAUAUAGUCUCUUCGUGAAAGGGGAGAGGGUGUAUAUCUUCUCUGGAGAAUUUCAUUAUAUGAGACUCCCAGUCCCAGAAAUGUGGCUUGAUGUUUUCCAGAAGCUUCGCGCAAGUGGAUUCAAUGCUCUUUCUAUUUACUUCUUCUGGAGCUACCAUUCCGCCUCAGAGGGCGUCUUCGAUUUCGAAAAUGGAGCUCACGAUAUCCAGCGCGUCUUCGACUACGCAAAAGAAGCAGGAUUAUACAUAAUCGCCCGUCCAGGUCCAUACAUUAAUGGCGAAACCUCAGCUGGAGGAUUCGCGCUCUGGGCAUCGAAUGGCCAAAUGGGCUCGGCUCGCACAAACGCAGAAUCAUACUACGAGCUCUGGUACCCAUGGAUCGAGGAGGUCGGCGCAAUCAUCGCAAAGAACCAAAUUACGAAUGGGGGUCCGGUGAUUCUUCAUCAACAUGAGAAUGAACUCCAGGAACCGUAUCAUAUUGCCACUAAUGAUCUGGUUCUGUAUAUGGAACAGAUCACUGCGGCUUUUGAUGCAGCUGGUGUCGUUAUCCCUAGUACCUCGAAUGAAAAGGGUAUGCGGGAUAUAAGCUGGUCAACCGACUAUGAAGAUGUUGGUGGUGCGGUUAAUGUCUAUGGACUUGAUUCGUACCCCGGUGGAACAUCUUGCACGAAUCCUGAUUCGGGAUAUACUCUUGUUCGCACUUAUUAUGAGUGGUUCCAGAAUUACUCGUAUACUCAACCUGAGUACUUGGCUGAGUUUGAAGGUGGGUGGUUUGAACCAUGGGGUGGAUAUUUCUAUGAUGAUUGUCUCUCGGAACAAUCGCCUCAGUUCGCCGAUCUUUACUAUAAGAAUAAUAUUGGCUCAAGGGUUACCCUGCAGAGUCUUUAUAUGGCUUAUGGUGGUACGAAUUGGGGACAUUCUGCUGCGCCGGUGGUCUAUACGUCGUAUGACUAUGAUGCGCCGCUGAGGGAGACCAGGGAGUUGAGGGAUAAGAUUAAGCAGACGAAGUUGAUUGGGCUUUUUACCAGAGUUUCGAAGGAUUUGUUGAAGGUUGAUAUGGAAGGCAAUGGCACCGGGUAUACUACUAGUAGUGAUGAUACUAGUAUCUUUACGUGGGCGUUGAGGAAUCCGGAUACUCAGGCCGGGUUUUAUGUUAUGGCGCAGGAUACUAGUUCAUCUCAGGAUGCGACUUCGUUUUCGUUGAACGUGAAUACGUCGGCUGGUGCAAUUACCAUCCCGGAUAUCGAGCUGGAUGGUCGUCAGAGCAAGAUCAUCGUGACAGACUAUGCGGUCGGCACCGAGUCUACUCUGCUUUACUCAUCCGCUGAAGUCCUCACUUAUGCUACUCUGGAUGAAGAUGUGAUUGUGUUCUAUAUGAACAUCGGACAACAGGGCAUAUUUGCGUUCAAGAAUCCCCCAUCCAAGCUGACUUACAAGACCUAUGGAAACUCCAACGUGACCUCCACAAAGUCUGGCAAUAGGACCGAGUAUUCAUACACUCAGGGAGACGGCGCAACGGUUCUCCAGUUCUCCAAUGGAGUGCUGGUCUACCUGCUGGACAAAGAAACAGCUUGGACUUUCUAUGCAGUGCCCACAACGACGGACCCGAAUGUUUCUCCGAGUGAGCAUAUCUUUGCCCUGGGUCCAUAUCUGGUUCGCACUGCGAGUGUCAGUGGAGACACUGUCAGUCUUGUUGGUGACAAUGCGAAUACGACCUCUCUCGAGGUAUAUGUCGGGAAUUCCAAGGUCACCAAGAUUAAGUGGAAUGGUAAAUCCAUCACAACCAAGAAAACAGCCUACGGUAGUCUCACAGGAACUGCCCCUGGAGCUGAAUCUGUAAAGAUCUCCCUUCCCACACUCUCCUCAUGGAAAUCCCAAGACACCCUCCCAGAGAUCCAACGCGACUACAAUGACUCCCGCUGGGUAGUCUGCAACAAAACCACAACGGUCAACAGCGUCACCCCACUCACCUACCCAGUUCUCUACGCUGGUGACUACGGCUAUGCCGUUGGAACAUAUAUCUACCGUGGACGAUUCGAUGGUACAAAUGCAACCAGCGCGAACGUGACUGUUCAAAGUGGUGCCGGUGCUGGCUGGGCCGCUUGGGUUAAUGGUGCAUACGUCGGUGGAGCACUCGGCGAGGUCGCCCUUGCAUCCACAACCGCGACUCUCACAUUCAACCAAUCCCUUCUAGAAGAAACGGAUAACGUUCUCACCGUGAUAAUGGAUUAUAUGGGCCACGACGAAGCUAGUGUCUCACCAGCGGGACCACAAAACCCACGUGGAAUUCUCGGGGCCUGGCUCUUCGACUCUAACUCAGAACUAGAGUUCACAUCCUGGCGUAUCCAAGGCAACGCCGGCGGUGAAGCCAAUAUUGAUCCAGUGCGUGGACCCAUGAAUGAAGGUGGCUUAUACGGUGAACGAUUAGGCUGGCAUUUACCCGGUUACACACCGCCCAAAACAGCGGGAACGGAUAGUCCACUUGAUGGCGUCGCUAGUGCAGAAGGUCGUUUCUAUCAUACGACUUUCUCUUUGGAUCUAGAUGAUGACCUUGAUGUACCCAUUGGUCUUACUCUUGGUGCUACGGAUAAUACCAACGCCGUCGUACAGAUCUUCGUGAAUGGUUACCAGUUUGGUCAUUAUGUACCGUAUCUGGGACCCCAGACGGUCUUCCCUUUCCCACCGGGCGUUAUCAAUAAUCAGGGGACUAAUACUUUGGCUAUUAGUCUUUUGGCGUUGACGGAUUCAGGAGCUAAACUUGAUACAGUGGAGUUGACUGCGUAUGGUAUUUAUCGAACUGGAUUCGACUUUAAUCAGGAUUGGUCGUACCUGCAGCCGAGAUGGAAGGAUCGAAGUGAGUAUGCAUAG